GUCCAUGAGCUCAUGGACGUGGGGUUAGACACGGAGCUCCAGAAGCAGUUCGGCGAGGACCAUGAGUUCGUGCUCUGGGUCGCCGCGGUCCGCCAGAUUGAUACCAUCUCCCAGGACGAGCUGGAAGAGGUGAUCCACCGCGCUGAGACCUUCAAGUGCCGCGCUAUAGGCCUCGCGAUGGCCAGGGUCGCGACUGGCCUUAACUACGUUCUCUCCAGGACUGCCAACGACGACCUGGGGCCCGUAUCCAUGUCCAGGCUGGAUUUUGUGAUCAGGGCCAUGAAUGCCAAGAAGGCCAAGGGCGUGGACAACACGGGGCCAGUAGAGGUCCAGAGGUUGCUUGGCGCCGCCAAGUUCGAGCUGCUCGAUCUCAUGGUUGGCAUCGAGCGCCGCGGCAUGUGGCCCGAGCAGCCCUUCAUGGCGGUGUCCGCGCCGCUUUUCAUCCGCCCUCUCAUGGACGAGACCUGCAAGGAGAUGCAGAUCUCUACUGCGACUAUCUCAUUGGACCUGGAGCAGUUUUACGACGGCAUCUCCAUCGCGUUGAUGUGCGCGGCUGGGAUUAUGCAGGGCUUCCCCGCCAUCAUCUUGGCUCUGGAGCUCCAGCUGCCCCUGGCACCUAG